AUGGAUAGAUUACUGGGAAAUAUUGGGAGCCUAGCAUUUGCUAACAACUUCCAAGUAAUACUUCCUGAAGUUCGCUUCACAUGCAAUGGCAAUAUUCAGAGCUGGGUGUUUGGAGCCCAGUGGGAAGGAAAAGAGAGCUUUUUCACAGAGCUACAGAUCUGGAGACCUACUGGAAAUGGAGUCUACACUAAAGUUGGAUACACUACAAUCAAUACUACCAGGAGUAAUUCAGAACUCUAUGAGUAUCCCAUCUCCUCUCCCCUGCCCUUCCAAGCUGGGGAUGUUCUGGGAUACUACCAGCCCCUGGGCCUUCUCGAAACCGGUCCAGCCAGUUCGCUGAAUAUCAUCUUAGGAAGGAGGUCUAUUACGUUUCAGUUGUUUGUCAACGUUGUCACAGAUCCUCCAGGUUGUGGGCGUGGCUUCAUGAGUGUUGAAAGAAUGAGACUUUCCCUAAACCUGGACUCUGUUUCACUGCCCACUAUUUCCCCCAAUCAACGUCAGCAGAUCUCACCAGAAAUGAGGUUCACAUGUGAUGGGAACAUUACCAAAUGGAUCAUUGGAGCUGACUAUGGUGCAAGUGACAACUUGUAUCCUGAACUACAAAUAUGGAGAAAUGCUGGAGAUGAAACCUACAGGAAAAUGAACGGCACAUUCAUUGAGUUGGAGACAUUACUAUCAAGUAGAAUUUAUGAGUAUGAGGACUUUUCUCCAAUCCCAGUGAAAUCUGGAGACAUUCUUGGAAUAUUCAUACCUAGAUUCAGCUCAUCCAAACUUCGUCUCUUAUCUGAGUUAGCUGACAGUCCUGCUCAGCACUACCUAUUGACUGGUGUUAGUGCAUCAUCAUCACCUUAUGAUGAGAUUGAUUUAGAACAGGAUUCUGUGACAAGAGGGGCCUAUCGUCCCUUGGUGUCUGUGGAAUUUGUGAACGCCCCCACCUCAUCAGUUAAGAUGAUUCCCAGCUCCUCGCUGAUCUCCACAGCUACCAGCCCUCUCCCCACCUCCAGAGCUCCUGUACCUUCCACUGAGCAGCCCUCCUCCUCCUCGGGCCAGUCUUCAGCUGCCAUUGCUGCUGGUGUGGGUGGUGGAGUAGCUGUGGCUCUGGUUCUAACCCUCCUCCUGGUCAUUCUGGUGGUGUUUGUCAUGAGAAGGAAACCAAGAGGAAAGCCCCAGGCAGUGGAGAAGGAGCAGGAUAGAAAUAGUGGCAGUGCUAUGGACAACCCAGUUUACACAGGCAAGCCCUUAGCAUGUUAA